CUUUUUUUUGUCUUUUGCAAUAACCUUGAAAUAGGAGGUACGUUUCUACACACAUUUAAUAUUUGUUUUCAAUGAUGGCUAUGCAAUGGGAAUAAAUACAUAGACUGGUAGUAAUAAAUAAGACUUUAUGAAUCUAAAUCUGUGAACAGAAAAUUUCUUGAACUUUUGCCAGGGAACAUUGAACAGUCUGGGUUAUACAAUGAGGUAACCACAUAUAAAACAUAAAUUAAUCUGUUAACAGACAAGAUACCUUGUAUUUAUCUUGGUUAAGGUGAAUUAAAGAUACAUUUCUGUUUACAAAAUAGCUAGCCUUUCAGAUAGGGAAUUAAAUGGAUCAGUGUCACGUUAGUUAAUUGGGAUGGUAUAAAGGAAGACUUCGUAAUCAAGUUUGUAUUAUAACCAGAGGAUGUAUGAAAUAUUAACAUUUAAUACUUGAAUGUCAUAAAUUGUCAUUAUCAUCAAAGAUAAAACAAACAAUUAUUUGAUACAAGUUAAUUUUGAUAAAGAAGUAGAUCUGUGCCGAACACGUGUAAAUGAAUGUCAAACUGCACUUAACAGAUCAGAGUGAGUUGAUAAAUAUGGGAAUUUAUUCCGAUGUAUUAGAAAUGUCAACAGAGGAUCAGUCCCCAUGUACAGAGAAAAACCUAGUACUGUCACCAAGUGCACAAGAAAACCAUGUGGGUGAGCAGGGAAAUCAGUCAGCAUUAUUCCUGGGCAAUGGAAAUAAAAAAAUCACAGAUUUAUCCGACUCGUCUGCAGCCAAGCUAUUAAAAACAAUUGUGAUUGCCAGUCAAACUGCAAGUCAACAACAGAGUCUGGCCAGCCUUACAGAAACUCGACAAACUAUGAAAAACCCACUCCCACAGGAUUUACAGAGUUUCAAAGGAGAUCCUUUUGUGCAAAUAUUAAACAAAACACAAAAUGGUCAACCAGAACAACAGCAGCAGCAGCAACAGCAUGAUCAGCAGCAAAAUGCCCAGUUUAUUAUUGCCGGUCUAUCAGAGAUGAAUACCACUCCUACAAACUUCAAUGGUGUAAAUACCAAUCUUAUCAAUGAUUUUGUUAAUUCUUACAGUUCUAAAGCGGUUGGUGAAGGAUUGCAUGUGAAUACAGAGCAAAAUUCUAUUCAAAAUACUUCAGAAAUGCCAAAAUUUGAAAGUUUAAACUCUCAUCAGCAACAUUCUCCAGACUAUAAUAUAGAAAAAAGUGGUGUACUUCAAAGACUUCUUUCUGGGGAAAAUAUUGCCGAGCGAACUCUAAAUGUCUCAAUUCCCACAGGCAGCUAUACAGUGUCUAGUCCUACAGAUUAUUCAAAAUCAUCCCCAACAUCAUCAGCAAACAGUCCUUACGGAGAUUCAAACUUAAGUCCAUUUGGAGAGAACACAGAAGGGACUACUUACAUGGAAACUGAUCCUUCGGGAUUUAAAGACUUACCAAAAGCUGUGAAUAUUUCUGACACAACAACACAAUCCAGUUUAAUCAUCCAUACUGGAAAUUUGCAGCUUGAUUCUAUGUUGGAAAGUAAUAUUGAAAACGAAGUUAAAUAUGACACAACUUGUGAGUGGAGUGUGACAAAACUUGACGAAAAUCUUGAUGGUACAAAAACUGGCAAAGUGCCAAGAUUGCACCAGGACUCUGAUGCAUCAUCAGCAUUAUCACCAAGUGUAGAUAACGUUUUUCGGGCAGAAGGUGCCCAACAGGAAGUUCCAUCAGAUUUUACGUUUCAAUUGUUUGGACAGGGGGAGACUGAGCAAGGUGCAAUCGGGGUGUUUCCUGGCAUUGUGUCGGAUACUAGUGAAGUCUCACCGAGUCAACAUUCUCCUCCUUUGUCAUCCCCUGCAGAGACGUUCAAAACACCACAGACUCUUCCUCAUAAUGUCGUUAAGCAGCAGAGAGAACGUUUAAGAAGAGCAAAGGAACCGAUUUUGAGCCAGGCUUUCCCUGCAAAAAUCCAUGGUUAUGAGUUGCGUAUUCUACAACAGCCAGAGGAACAACACAGGGCACGGUACUUGACAGAGGGCAGCCGAGGGUCAGUGAAAAAUAGGAACGGGACUGCAUAUCCACAGGUCAAGCUGUUUGGUCACACAGGAGAAGCAACUCUGCAGGUUUUCAUUGGCAAUGACAGCGGACGUGUUCGACCACAUGGGUUUUACCAAGCAUGUAAAGUUUGUGGGAAGAACUCGACCAUGUGCACAGAGAAAGAUAUUGAUGGCACAACAGUAAUUGAAAUAGAAUUGCAGUCCGGAAAUGACAUGACUGCAACGAUUGACUGUGUUGGAAUACUAAAGUUGAGGAAUGCUGAUGUUGAACAGCGUAUUGGAAUUGCUAAAGCCAAGAAGAAGAGUACAAAAGCUAGGAUGAUAUUUCGAGUGACAUUUCAGAAGCCAUGUGGUAGCCCACAGGUCCUUCAAGUGGCGUCCUCAACCAUCCUUUGCACCCAGCCAGUUGGACAGCCAGAGAUAUGCAAGAUGAGUUUGAAAGAGUGCUCUGUAUCUGGCGGGGAAGAGUUGUACAUCAUCGGGAAGAAUUUCCUAAGGGGAACACACAUACUAUUUCAGCAAGCUAGUGAGGAUGAGACAGGGAUUACUGUAUGGCAGAAAGAAGGAGAAAUUGAUAAGGAUUAUUUCCAGACGACCCAUAUGAUAGUUACAGUUCCAGAGUAUGGAGGUACAACAUUCACAGGGGAGAAGGUAGAGUGUCAGGUUGUCGUCAACAGUGGUGGUAAGCUGAGCGACCCGCAGCCGUUUUUCUACAAACCAGUGGAUCCUACAACUGUUACAAUCAAACAGGAUGUCAUGGACACAGUGGAAGAGUCCAGGAAGAGGAAUUACCCAUUUGUUGCGCCUGAAGCUUUAGAGUUAAAUCAGCAGAUUCAGCAAGUUCAACAGGUCUCCAGCAAUUCUGAGAUGUUCCAGCUGCCUCCCGGCAUCAUUUCUGGCAUGCCGGAAUCAGCUAAUUAUAUGCCUAUGGAGGAAGGCACAAGGGAAGGGAACCAGAGCAGUCAGUUGACGACCAAUGAGAAACUUGCAGAAGAUCAAGGAAAUGAUGAUGCACAGAGCAGCAACUUUUCUUUAGAGCAGAAGACAUUUGGACAAGAAAAUAUUGACACAAAUCAGACUUGGAAUUCUGAACAAAAUUCUGUUCAAAAUACAAACGGUGAAAAAAAUGAGUUAAAUGUUGAAAUGAACAGCCUGAAUUAUUCGUCAAUGAAUGCUGAAGAAUUUAAUGAAAAUCAGAUGGAUAAUAGUUUUGUUCGAAUAAAAUCACCACGUUUAUCAAAUGAAGGAUUAUUCACGGAACAUAUUGGAAUGACAGGUGCAACCAGUUCUAAAGAAGACAGUGUUGUGUCGCAGUUCCUUCAGAAUAUUUCUAUGGCUUUAAAAGAGUCGGACCCAAUGUUUAGCGGGAAUGAAACGAUCUCAACAAGGAUGUUGACCUCACAAAGUGAUACGGCACCAACAACAGUCAACAACCAUCUGCUGAUUGCAGCCGACACCCAACAAGCCCAACGAAGUGAAAAUACAAACGAAAAAUCCCAAACUGUUGAGCACUCAUUUUUGAAAGAGGCUUUGACCUGCCCGCCAGCAAGUUUGCAACAUCAUAACAUUCAUACUUUAGCCAAUCAGAAAGCAGCAUGGUUUGUGCCAAAGACGGAAGCGGGGAUCUCUAAUAUAGACAUGCAGAUUAACAAUAGUGAUUCUGAGGUGGCACAUAAAACUGAAGAAGUAAUGGAAUAUAACACUACAGUAUCUGAGAUGAGUCAUACUUCUCUUGUACCUGGCAUACCGUUCGUAACUUCAGCAUCUCCAUCAAUGGGCGGGACUAUUCAGUUCUCGGAAUCAAAUACAAGUGUUACGUACUCACCUGGUCUUACUGCCCACAAUCAACAGACUGGGAUGCCAUUUUCUCCUUCCCAUGUUCUGACAUCAUGGAAUACAAGUCAGACAAUGAAUACUGACACAAAGCCAUUGUUGAGCCUGUAUGGUGGAAGAUUGUCUAACACAGUGCAUGAUACGACUCAUCAUAUGUCAGAUUUGACAAAUACGUACACAUUGGAGAAAACCAUUAUGUCAAGUAUGGUCCAGGAUCACAUAAAGAGUACUGGUUUACAACAGUCUAUGCCAGUUAGCAUAGAGCAUCAUCCGCCUCAUCUAGCCAGUCCGCAAGCAAGUUUUGCACAACAGUUGAAGAGUCCAGUCCAAAACCAGAAUGACUCGAUCAGUACCAUUCUUCAACAGUUGUUAUCUCAAGCUGGUGUACCUAAACAGGAACCACAGCAGUUUGUACCACCACAGCAACAUGAGCAGUCAUUUCAGCAGCAGGCAGGAAAUGGGAAUGAGCUACUACAACAACAACAGCAACAUAUAUUUCCUGACCAGCAGUUGCAACAACAACAACAACAACAACAAAUGUUUCAGCAACAGAGUCAGGAUCAGUCCUUAGUACAGCAGCAGCAGCAACAGCAUUACCAACAGCCUCAAGAGCAGCAGCAGCAGCAGCAGCAGCAACAGGCACUCCAGCAGCAGUUUUUUCAGCAGGUGAAUCAACAGCAGACGCAAAAACAACAACAGCAGCAGACACAGCAGACUCUACCAGCACCUGCAGCAAAUCCUUUGUCAGCUUUAACAACAAGUCAAUCAAAUUCUGGUCAGUCGUCAGUAUUGACCUCCAUACUAAACCAAAGUCAGAAUCCUCCGACACCCCAGAUAAUCAUCUGUAACAACCCCAGCACAGGGACCCAGCUCCCCCAGACACAGUUUGGAUCGCCCAGUAUAGUAAUAGUUCCAGGACAAGCAGGCCCAAAUAACCAAGUUGAGAACUUACUACGGUCAAUAUUGGGAAGUAUGAUGCAGCCCCAGCAGCAGCAGCAGCAGCAGCAGCAGCAGCAGCAGCAGCAGCAGCAGCAACAACAACAACAACAACAACAACAAGAUCAACAGCAUGCAUCUCCAUGACCAUGGUUAAAUCUUGUCAUUCUGUGUGUUACAUAUUGGAAUUAUGCUUCAUUCCUCUCAUUGAUGUUGAUGAUCCGAGUCAGUCUGAAGCUUAAAAAAGCAUUAAGCACCAUGGGGAAUCUGAUUUUAUAAUGUUGUCUGAUAGCUGAUUUAUAAGCAUAAGUUACAUGUGGCUUAGAGAAUAUAUAAAUCAGUCUAAACACUUCUGAGAUAUUUCAACACAUUUUCUACACGGAAGAUCAUUGUGUGAUCAGAUUUGCAGUAUUUUUCUGUGUCUGCUGACUGCCACUGAUUUAAAGAAAAAAAUGUCUCCCAUAGUUUUUAUAGAGAAGCUAGGCUAGAAAGAGAGUUGACUGAGUUGUAUAUGCUUUGAUUGCCUCUUGAGAAUACGAUGGGUGCUAAAAGCUUAAUACUUCAUUUCUUGUGUUGUCCAUAGUGUAUAUCAGCUUAAUCACAUUUUCAUCUUUGAAAUUUGUGGAAAAGGAAUUCUCGAAUUCUCUCAUACAGUUUGAUGCAGGUUGUUAAUAAGAAUGGCCUGACGUGUUGAAAGAAUUUGAAAGCUAGGUAUUGUCACACCCGCCGGUGCUACAGAACUACCUUGAAGAGAAGAUAACCGAGUAAUAAGUGUAUUACUGUAUGGCAGCUAGAUAGAUGUUUAUGUGCUUUAAUUGUGGGAUAGAGGAGAAGGAGGGAAACUUGUGUGCAAUAUUAGUUAGUUUUUGGUAACCAUAGAGUUUCUGUAUAGAACAAACAUGUGCUAUAUUAUUUUAUGUACAAUUUUAGAAAGCAUAUAAACUAGUGUGUUGACACUUGGUUGUGCAGUCUGGUACAAUGAUUAUAUAUAGAUUGGUUCCAUAUGAAUUCAGAUUACUUCUAGUAUUAGUAGACUGGUACUGAUGCACUAUAUAUGCUGUUUUAGUAUUGUUGUACAUACGGAUUUUUCACAGUGGAAGACUUCAAAGAAAGUUGGUCAUAGUACUGUAGUUGUUAGUACUACAGGAAAGAGCUCACUGAAAAAGAAAGAGAUUAUUAUAUUAGCUUAUUUAAAUUUGUUCUGUACGGUAUGAGAAUAAAUUUGGAUGAGUACCCAUCUAAAAACAGUUUUAAGGAGCCUCUAGAUGAGCUCAUUAAGUUUUAAGGAAUGGGUACAAGUCCAGAUUUAUAAUCUUUUCAUUGUAUACUUAUUGUUCUCUGUUAAUGUUCUCUGUUGAAAACUAAAAACAGAACAAAUGGGCAUGGUUUCAUCUCUAUUCGACGUAAUCGACAGAUAAAAAUGAAUACUGAAAGAACAGUGCAUUGGAGCAUUUUUUGAAGUUGAAUUUCAUGAAAUAACUUUGUGUAUGGCACUUACUGUUAAGUUUACAUGGGAUUUUGUGCCAAAAUUGCAUUGCCCAAUAUGGAAUACCAUAUAUACCCUUUUUAAUGGCCCCUGGGACGUUACAUCUUUUGAAAGGGGUGUGCGUUUAUUAAUUAAUUAAAUACGUUUUUAGUAGAUAUAAACUACAAAUUUAACAUGUAACAAAAUGAAUUUUAGCAAUUGUAGCACUAUCAAAGUGCUGGUAAUCACUUUUAACUGAAAUUUACAAAAAUUGGAAAUAUUGGGGAGGGGCGUUAAUGAGGGAUUAUUUGGUGUAUUGUAUCCAAUAUGGACAUAGGUUGUAUGCUCACAUUGUACAAACAUAAAUUGUUGAUUGGGAGAGAAAAAUAGGUAUAGAAUAAAAACUGUAUUAUUCAAGAGAGUACUACUGUAUAUGUUUUAAUGCUUUACUGUACAAAAGUUCAUUAUUCUUUGAAAUAAUGUUUUAUGUGUUGUUUUUAUUGACAAAAAAUAUUAAUUUAAAUAAUUACAUCUAUCAGUAUGAGUUAAUUUACAUUUAAGGACAAAGGGUUUACAGUGAUAUCGAUUCGGGUCUUGUCUCGGAAGAAAUGAAACAUAUAUUUAUGGUAUCCCAUAAUAGUCGCAAAAAAAGUUUUUUCCUCAGAAAACAGGUUGAAAGAAAACGUGUCUAUAGAGAAUUUAUUUGUCACAUAGUGCAACUUAGUAUUCAUAUAAUUACAAAUUGGAAGCAGGUAGUUACAAGGUAAGGGCAAGGGCCUGAACACUUGGUUUUACUGUAUCUCUGUAACUCCAGCAGCUAGAAAAAUUCUGAUGCCACAGCUCGUAUUUUUAUUUCAAUGUAAAUGAGAUGGAAAAUAAUAAUUUGAGCCGCACCAUGAGAAAACCAACAUAGUGCGUUUGCGACCAGCAUGGAUCCAGACCAGCUGCGCAUGCACGCAGUCUGGUCAGGAUCCAUGCUGUAUGCUAACAGUUUCUCUAAUUGCAAUAGGCUUUGAAAGCUAACAGCAUGGAUCCUGACCAGACUGCGUGGAUGCGCAGGCUGGUCUGGAUCCAUGCUGGUCGCAAAUGCACUAUGUUGGUUUUCUCAUGGCGUGGCUCAUUUUCAAUCAUGUUUGGCGCCAUAUGUUCUGUAAUGUGUUGGUUGGCCAUAAAACCGACACAAAACCAAGUUAAAAGAAGUCUUGACUGUUCUAUCUAUUCUGUCUAGUCCAUCAUGUAUAAGCAUUAAAUCAUAAAAAGCUUUAAUUUAGAAUGUAAAACAUUUAGUAGAGCAGUCAUUUCUGAUAUAAAUUUAAGUUCUUUCUAGGGCUAAAGAAGUAAUUUUAGUUUUUUAGGACCCAUGAAAGUUAUUUUCCUUUCUCACUCACAUAAUCUUGAAAUCAAAAGCUCUAGGUGCAAUUGAAUAUUUCAGUAGGAUUAGACUCUAGUUGAGUGAAAAAUGAGAUUGUCGUUACUUGUCUUUCAAUAACCUUAAUUAUUUUCUCGUUAUAAAUUUCGACAUUAAGUAUUAGUAGUGAAAGCAAGGAAAACUUGAGCUUAUGGGUACAUUUGAUUUGAUAAAAUGUCUGAAAAAAGUUUUAUAAAUCAUAGUUUGGUCUGAAGCACUGUUCAUUAUUUUCAAAGAAAAGUAUUUAUUUUUAAUGCCCCCAAAAAUUCUGGGUUGCAGUAUCUCUUAGGGUCGCCCUUGUUUGUCUGUCGGCCCUUCCUUCUGUCUGUCUGUGAUCUCAAAAAGUAUUUGACCUACAGUCAUUAAACCUCACGGGAUUGUUAUUCAGCAUAUAAUGUUGUGCACCUGAUGUUUAAAUUAGGAUUUCACAAGACCAGAAAAUGGAGUUAUGGCCAUUUAUUUAGUCAAAAAUAUGCCUACAGUGACGGGGAAUGAUGGCCCCAGCGUCCUAUGGACACAUAUCUAGUUUAAAAAUAGAUUUUUACUGUUUAUAUUGUCUUGUUGGAUAACAUGGUGAAAAAUGGGCAGCUUUGUUGUAUUUAGUGUGCAAGGAUCUACAAUAAUUGUUAAAUGAUUAUUUCUCGCCUCCCUUAAUAGCUAUUUCCCAUCUUAAUUGUGAAAAAGAUAAGUAUUUUAUUGUGUUGUUAUAUUGUUUAAAUUGUACUUACAUGUUACUCUAGUAUCCGGUGAAUUGUAUUAACAUGAAACAAUUUCCUUGUUAAAGAAAAGCUCAAUUUAAUGUAUGAAAGACACCUAAGUGACAGAAAGGUUAAGGUUGUUAUAUGUGAAUCACCUGCCUAUAGUCUCACACAACCAUUAAAAACUGGAAUGUCCACAUGUGACCUAUAGUCAUAUCAGUGCAGUGUAAAACCAAACAAAAACAAGACGAAAUAAAAAGUAAUUUACAAAUUUAAAGAUUGUUGAAAUUUUUGUGAGCACUUGUUUUUUUUUUUUACCGUAUUUAUAUGCCAAUCUGUGGUGCUCUUGAUGUUGCCAAGAAUAUUUGUCUACAAUUAUUCAUAUAAAUACACAGAAAAUAAUUCAUAAUUGUGUCAUCCUUUGAAAUAAAAUUGUUCUUUCUUCUUUUUGAUGUCUUUUAUAGCAGAAAAAAAGAGCUGGGUAAUAAUCAUACCCGGUGAAUAUAGUAAGGUUGUAUUUAAAGAUUUAAGGUUCUUAUGCAAAAGAUACUUGUAGAAAGUUUAUUUUUGGCAGAGACGCAUUUUAAUUACUGGGUAAAUUGUAACUGAAAAGUGAUU